UCUAUUUUUCAAAAAGGACAUUUCGGUAAUUUCCCCCAUUUUGAUUCCUAGAAAUAUCUGGCGAACUUUGAAUUUUCUGAGAACAUUAACGGAGAAAAAAGGGGAAGAAAGCAAGCCGUUCUGAUCGAAUGGAGGCGACCAGGGUUUGUUAUUCAUCCUCUUCACUCGUCUCUUUCUACUCUUCCUGGAAUCAUCGUUAUAAAUCUACGAAGAUGAUUCAAUCUGUCCUCUCUUUUAAUCCUUCAAUCUCAUCUUCAAGGAUUUCCUUCCCUUUGAGACUGAAAUCAUUAGUUUUACCUGGCUUUAACGCGCUCACCUCAACAAGUAGGAAUCUCUCCUUCACUCCUUCAUCAUCUUCUGUUUCUUAUACGGAUGGAUCAUCUGAUUCUUCUUCUCCUUCACAGUCCCAGAGUGCUGAAUCAUUCUUUAGAAGCAUACUGUCAAGUAUGGAGGUAGUCUACUUGAGUAGGAACCCCACUGCAAAAGCCAUUUUGGACCUUGUUCGUUUAAGUGAUGGUGAUCAUGUUUGCUAUGAUCAUUUAGCUUUUAGGACUUUUGGGGUGGAUGGACACGGGAUUGACUCGAUAGCAAAAAUUUUCUUGGACUUUGGUUACACGCCCCGUGACGAACUGAGAUUUCCUGCGAAAAAGUUGAAGGCACUGUGGUUUACUCCUCCUGAUACUCAGCACAAUGGCAGCGGGAGUGGGGUUUAUGGUCCUUUGCCAAGAAUUUUUAUAUCAGAGCUUCUUGUUGAUGAGAUGAGUUCUCAAGUUCAGGAGGUAAUAAGGAAAUACACUAAAACUUCUGGCAGUGGAAAUAAACAUGCUGCCCUCGCAAGUGCAUUGGGAUCAUUAACAUGGGGAAAGCCCCUAUAUUCUGAUUACCAACAGUUGUCUCGGGAAAGCGAAUAUGCGGCGUGGACUCUUGUCAAUGGCUACAUGGUAAAUCAUGUUACCAUAUCCACUCAUCGGCUAAAAUCAAAGAUGAGAAACAUCAAAGACCUAAAUGAUUUUAUUGAAGACAAUGGAUUCAAAUUGAAUUCUGAAGGGGGCAUUUUAAAAGUGAGUCCUGAUGGCUUUUUGCUGCAAAGUUCGACAGUAGCAGAUUUGACAUCUUUCCAUUUUGCUGAUGGAAUCACUGAAGCUGUUCCUUGUUCAUAUAUCGAGUUUGCAGAGCGUCUUGUUCUCCCUCAGUAUAGGAACUUGCCUCUUGAAGAGGCUAAUUCAACUGGAGGGCAGGGUCCGUCACCUCUUUCAUGUGAUUAAAAUAGGAAAGCUCAACCCCAAAUCCUCUCAAUGCAAAAUACUCAAUGCCUAGUGGCAUUGGUGCUAGAUCUGGCUUCUAUGGCUCUGUUUCAAAUGUGUUCUGUUGAUAUUUGUCCUGCCUAAUGUGUGCAUUUAUCUGGUUUCUGAAGGAGACUGUUGCCCGUGUCAGUUUUUUCUUUUCUUUUUCUGUGAGGUCUUGUAGAGUGCCCAGCCUGGCCCAUCACAGUAGCAGU